UGGGCGGCCCGGCGGCCUGAUGCGAGCGCGGGGCCGGGGGGGUCCGCUCCUGCCUGGAUCGCGCCCGGGAGAGCCGCGGGCGGCGGCGCCCUCGCAUCUCCUCCCCGCUUGGCGCCCCCAGUCCGGUCCGCGGAGAGGCGGCUGGCACCGGCCCGGGGCCCCUCUUGCCCCCUGCCCGAGGCGGCGGCGGCACCACCUCCGCAGGAAGCCCGGUUGCCCGCCCCGGAGGGGAGAGAUGCUCGGGUAGAGGACCGACAAGGGGGAUUGGAUCAACCUGCCACCACCUGAACCUGGCUUGCCCAGAGGAGACCCUCAUCACUAGGACCCUCCUGGCCAUGCGCUGAAAGAUGUCUCUCUCCAGGCUGAGCAGCUUCACCAAUGGCUUCCUGGAAGACCCCUCCGCUGUGGAGGCUGCCGGUGGGGCGGACAUGGCCCAGGUCCUCAAAUGCUUGGAGUUGGGCACCAUCCUGACCUUGUUCUAUCAGAAGAAGUCACAGAGACCGGAGCGGAGGAGCUUCCAGGUCCGGCUGAAGAGCAGGCAGGUCGUCUGGAGCCGGACGCCCGAGAAGGUGGAGGGGGACGUGGACAUCAGGGAAAUCAAAGAGAUCCGACCCGGGAAGAAUUCCAGGGAUUUUGAACGCUAUCCAGAAGAAGCCCGGAAGCUGGACUCCACGCUGUGUUUUGUCAUCUUAUACGGAACAGACUUCAGGCUGAAGACGUUGAGUGUUGCUGCUUUUUGCGAGGAUGACGUGACUCUCUGGGUGGCCGGGCUGAACUGGCUGGUGACAGAUACGCAGCGAUCACAGACUCCGCUCCAGAUUGAAAGAUGGUUGAGGAAGCAGUUCGAUUCAAUGGACAGAUCUAGAGAAGGCAGCAUCAGCCCCAAAGAUCUGAAGGCCACGCUGCCCCAGGUCAACUACCGCGUGCCUAACAUGAGAUUCCUUCGGGAUAAACUUGUGGAGGUGGAGGUCCGUGGUGAAAUUACCUUCAGCCAUUUUACGCAGUUCUAUAAAAACCUGAUGUUUGAUGCGCAGAAAUCGGUCGUCGAGCAGCUAGAGCUGUCCUUCCCUUUACGUAACGUGGAUCGGCCGGAACUCUGCCAAAUCACCUUGUAUGACCUCCAGAGAUUCCUGCAAUAUGAUCAGAAGGAAGCAUGGGCGAGUGACAUAGCCAAGGUCCGGGGGUUCCUGUGCGGCUACCUGCAGGAUCGCUUUGGUGACACGACAGAGCCCUUCUUCCAGCUGGAUGAAUUCCUGACAUUCUUGUUCUCCAAAGAAAACAUGCUCAUGGAUUCCAAGUGUGAGCAGGUCGUCCCUGAAGAAAUGAAUUUCCCCUUGUCACAGUACUGGAUCUCGUCUUCUCAUAACACGUAUCUCACUGGGGAUCAGUUCUCCAGUGAGUCAUCUCUAGAAGCCUAUGCCCGCUGCCUCCGGAUGGGGUGUCGAUGCAUUGAAUUGGAUUGUUGGGAUGGCCCUGAUGACCUGCCCAUCAUCUACCACGGCCACACGCUCACCUCCAAAAUCAAGUUCCUGGAUGUGUUGCACACCAUCAAGGAGCAUGCCUUCACCACCUCCGAGUAUCCCAUCAUUCUUUCCAUCGAAGAUCACUGCAGCAUCGUCCAGCAGAGGAACAUGGCGUCCCACUUCAAGAAGGUGUUUGGCGACAUGCUGCUGACCAAACCGGUUGACGUCAAUGCUGACCAGCUUCCCUCGCCUGCCCAGCUCAAGAAAAAAAUCCUUAUCAAGCACAAGAAGCUGGUGGAAGGAAACCUCUAUGAAGAAGUCUCCACAGCCAGCUACUCUGAGAACGACAUCAGCAAUUCGAUUAAGAAUGGCAUCUUGUACCUUGAAGAUCCCAUUGACCAUACCUGGAGCCCCCACUAUUUUGUUCUGACAAGCAACAAGAUCUAUUACUCUGAAGAGACCUCCCACUACCAAUCCAAUGAGGAGGAGGAGGAGGCGGAACAGAAAGAGGAGUUUAAUAACAACGAACUACACUUUAGUGAGAAAUGGUUCCAUGGAAAACUGGGCGGGGGCCGCGAUGGGCGCCAGAUUGCUGAGCGGCUGCUGCACGAAUACUGCACUGAGACUGGUGGCAAAGAUGGCACCUUCCUAGUGCGGGAGAGCGAGACUUUUGUGGGUGACUAUACCCUGUCUUUCUGGCGCUCCGGACGGGUCCAGCACUGCCGCAUCCAUUCCCGGCAGGAAGCUGGCGCUACCAAGUUCUACCUGACCGACAACCUGGUCUUUGACAGCCUCUACAGCCUCAUCUGCCACUACCGCGAGGUGCCGCUGCGCUGUAACGAGUUCGAGAUGCGCCUCACCGACCCCGUGCCGCAGCCCAACGCCCACGAGAGCAAGGAGUGGUACCAUGCCAACCUGACCCGUCUGCAGGCUGAGCACAUGCUGAUGCGGGUGCCCCGGGAUGGCGCCUUCCUCGUGCGCAAGCGGAGCGAAGCCAACUCCUACGCCAUCUCCUUUCGGGCCGAGGGGAAGAUCAAGCACUGCCGAGUCCAGCAGGAAGGGCGGCUUUUCACACUGGGCAGCUCGGCGGAAUUCGAGAGCCUUCUCGACCUGGUCGGCUACUACGAGAAGCACCCGCUCUACCGCAAGAUGAAGCUGCGGUACCCUAUCAACGAGGAGGCCUUGGAGAGGAUGGGCACGGCGGAACUGGAUUACGGGGCGCUGUAUGAGGUGAGGAGCCCUCACUUUUAUGUGGAAGCCAACAAGAUGCCCGUGGCCAGGUGUACCGUGAAGGCCUUGUACGACUACAAAGCCCAACGAGAAGACGAGCUCUCAUUCUGCAAACAGGCCAUCAUUCAUAACGUUGACAAGCAGGACGGCGGAUGGUGGCGAGGAGACUACGGCGGGAAGAAACAGCUCUGGUUCCCCGCUAACUACGUGGAGGAGAUCAUGAGCGCCUCCGUGCCAGAGCAGGACGAAGUGUCAGUGGAGAACAGUCCUUUGGGCAACUUCCUGAAGGGGUUCAUCGAUGUUCCGUCCUGCCAUGUCGUUAUCUCCAAAGACGGGAGGAGCGCCAAGCCCUUUGUCUUCACCAUCCAUUCUCAGCAGAUGACCCACCCUUCCCAGUCGCUGGACGUCGCCACAGACACUCUGGAGGAGCUCAACGACUGGGUGGCCAAGAUCCGGGAGGCCACACAGAACGCAGAUGCCAGGAUGCAGGAAGGGAAGAUCAUGGAGCGGAGGAAGAAGAUUGCCCUGGAGCUAUCAGAGCUGGUCGUCUAUUGCCGCCCGGUGCCCUUUGACGAGGAGAAGAUCGGCACGGAGAAGGCCUGUUACCGGGACAUGUCGUCCUUCCCGGAGACCAAGGCGGAGAAGUACGCCAACCGCAGCAAGGGGAGAAAGUUUCUUCAGUACAACCGGCGGCAGCUGAGCCGUGUCUACCCCAAGGGACAGCGCCUCGACUCGUCCAACUACGACCCGUUGCCCAUGUGGAUCUGUGGCAGCCAGUUGGUGGCCCUCAACUUCCAGACCCCCGACAAACCGAUGCAGCUGAACCAGUCGCUCUUCACGCUGGGCGGGCGCAGCGGGUACGUCUUGCAGCCGGACAUGAUGCGGGAUGACCUUUUUGACCCUUUCGACAAGAGCAGCCUGAAGCACGUGGAGCCCAUCACAGUCCAGCUGCAGAUCUUAGGGGCCCGGCACCUCCCCAAAAACGGCCGCAGCAUCGUUUGCCCAUUCGUGGAGGUAGAGGUGUGCGGCUCGGAGUUUGACAACAGCAAAAACAAGACGGACGUCGUAGCCGACAAUGGCCUCAAUCCCGUCUGGCUGGUCAAGCAGUUUGUCUUUGACAUCAACAACCCCGAGUUUGCCUUUCUGCGCUUUGUGGUUUAUGAGGAAGACAUGUUCAGUGACCCCAACUUCUUGGCCCAGGCUACCUUCCCUGUCAAAAGCCUCAAAACAGGCUACCGGUCAGUGCCACUGAAGAACAGUUACAGCGAGGAUCUUGAACUGGCUUCUCUGCUGCUCCACAUUGAAAUCAUCAAUGCCAAGGAAGAAGACGACGAGAACUUGUACUCCUCCAUCCAGCAACUACGGGACCGGGCAAACGAGCUCUCCAACCAGGUGUCCAACCUGGAGCACAGCAACGCUUGUGACUCGCGUUACCAGCAACGGCUGGAUGAACUGAGGGUGGCGCAAGAGCAGCUCAUGGAGCUGACCGAAGCACGCAAUAGGAAGUUGAUGGAGAAGAAGAAGCGGGACCGGCAGCUGGCCAACAAGCGUAACUGAACUGCACCUUCCUUUCCUGGUUUGCCCAUCCUCCUGGAGAGACCCGUGCAGUCUCUUCUCUAGCCUUUCAGGAGGUGCUGGAUACAAGACGUCCUUCAGGCUCACCAGCUCCUGGUGGCCUCCCUGGCUGCUGAGACAGUGGCCACAGGGGUAAGGCAACCUCAGCAGGAGUUUUCCUCCAGGUGUUGGAAGCAGGAGUCCUUGCCAACCAUUUUCACCCUCUAUGAAGCAGGCUGGGUCAACUCUUCCUGCAUCGGAGGUCUGGAGUUCCCACUAUCAAUCUCUUCUUCAACAUGUUCCUCAGAGCUCUGUUUUAAUCCACGUUUCCCUUCCUCGUGGAUCAGGAAGACAGGCCUUUAUUAUGUUUAUUAUUAUGUUUAUUAUUAUUAUUAUUAUUAUUAUUGGCUUUGAUGCAACCUAGGGCAGUAGCAAGUGCCUCUAAUCUUAACUUUCCCAGAGAAGGUGUUUUCGCACAGCAGAAACCUGGUGGAGCCAGUUGAGGAAGCGCAGGACAGAAGCGGAGCCAAGGUGGGGCAGAGGGAUGCAGAGUCCCGGGGAUCGAGAGGAUUUGCCUGCCAGGUCCUGAAGGGUGCCUGCAAGAUUCACUCUUGAAUGGACGGGAGGAUCAGGCCUUGGACACAAGGAAGAGAGGCUAGGAUAAACGAUCGAUCUGGUUUGCUUCCUUCUUUCCAGCCCCAUAUCCUUCCUCCCCAUCCUGAAUUCCAGAAGUGAUGCCAGACGCACCCUUAGUCCCAUGCGCUGCUUUCAGCAGGCCCUCGUGCCCAGCAGGCAGCCUUAAGUAUAUUUAUUUAUUCAUCACGGGGCAUGAGAAGGAAAUCUCUCCCUCCCCACCAAUAACCAUACCCAAAGGCUGUGGGGGCGCAUUCUGAGAAACAUCGCUCGUAAAAGGAAACAUUUCCGUUUUGAUAAUCCUUGUUGUGUGGUUUCACUUGAGGACGCCCCCGUCAUCUUCCUUGGCUGUCAUGCUGGGGAUGCUCUAAGGCAGGCAGACAUGAGCGGAAGCCAAGCGGGGGUCCCCUUUGGAAAGGGGAAGUGGCUGCGGAGGCGUGACACCUGGUGAGCACAGAACGAUCCAGGCGGGAAGGAUGUGGUGGCGCCUCUAGCCCACCCUCCUCUCCCGAAACAGCGGCCCCUCCAGAUUCCUCUUUGGGAUCCAAGAAAGGCACUUCUCUUUGCUGGCUGAACUGCUUCUGCCCUUUGUUGCUCUUUAGAUAAGUAACCUUUUCUGUCCUAUUGCUGUGAUUAGCAUUUGUCUUUAAUGCUGGCUGUUAAAUGAACAGGUUGGGACAGGUCGGGGACAGGUUGUAAGCAACGAUGGUUGCAAGGAUGGAGAGAGAGAUGGAGAGAAAGGUUCUUCUUGCAUUUUUGCCUGUUCUUAACCUAUCAGAGCAUCACUCCAGAGCAGCGUUUCUCCACCUUGGCAACUUUAAGAUAGCUGGCUGGGGGAUUCUGGGGGUUGAAGUCCACCUAUCUUAAAGCUGCCAAGGUGGAGAAACGCUGCUCUGGAGUGAUUUUACUUACGUCAGUAAACCGCAGGACGGGUGGUGGUGGUGGUUAGAAAGUGCAGGUAAGAUGGCUGGCAAAUAGUUGGAAAAAAAAAUCUGUUCUUCGGUGCAAGAAGUCCUUGAACUAGAAGACGGCGCAUGGGCACAUUUCAAACAAGCCCGACAAAUAACCACAGUUCCCAUGUGAGACUUGAAAGAGACAUGCAACUUCGUCUUCUUUAAGAAUUCUGUGUGUGCGAAGGACGAUGUCUGUGACCUGUUUUGUUCAUACCUUGUCCUCUCCCCCCGUCUGCGGUGGAAUCGUGGGUGCAAAAGGGGGGAGAAAAUCAUGCAGGAACAGCUAGGUAUUUCGCCCCGCUUCCAGGACACGGCUCUGCUGCUACCCAAAGUAGAUGGACACCCACCUACGGGUCAGAGCUCAAAGCCACGGGCACGGUGAGCAGCGGGAUUUGAACUAAGUUUCGGAAGAGAUCGUUGAUCUAGUUGAUCAGUGGCAUUUGUGAAGGAGAAAUGGGGUGGGUGCACUGCAGAAAGCUGAUAAGUAUCACAGAGGAAGGCUAAGGAGAAGCCAGGAUGAUGUCAAAUCCUAGUUGGGCCGUAGAAGCCUUUUUGACAAAAUUUGGAAUGCAUUUUGCUAAACCUGCCUCAUGAAGUGACUGUGUUGCUUAGUCAUCUGCUUGGAGAAAUGCAUUGAACUGUUAAAUGGGUCUCAGAGAGGCAGUAAUUUGAAAAGGGAGAAUUUACAGGCAGUCCUCAACUUAUGACCACAGUUGGGACCAGAAUUUCCAUCGUAAGUCAUUGCAGUCAUAAGUCAUUGCCAAGCGCCCGAAAUGUGCUCAUGUGACCACAGGGGGUGUAUGCGACAUUUUGUGCCGUAAAGCAUCCAUUCCGAGGCCAUUGUAACUUCGGACCAUUGUUAAACGUAUGGUCGUAAGUCGAGGACUGCCUGUAGUGUCUUAGAGGACUAUGCAAAACUGAGCAUUCGUGAAGAGAUGAAAACAGGCCCAAAGACAGGAGUUAAAACCUGCCAUGUGCUCCUCAAAAUGGGCAAGAUAAGCUACAGAGGAGGAAGUUUUUUCACAGGAUGUUUCAUCGAACUUAAGCCGUCUGAGGGUUUCAGUUAGCACUUUAAAAAAAGAAAAAGCAUUCAGCGGCAAGGAUACCAAAACCCUGUAGAAAUGUCAGAAACCGGAGAAGGGCAGAAUGCAACUGGCAAAGGAGGUGCCCUCUCCAGCCGUUUUCAAAACGAGUUGUUUCCAGCAGAUCUCAGAUUGCUUGAGGCGCCAGGAAACCCGGAACAGUGUUCAAAACCGUUAGAGAACCCCAGCACCCUGCAGGACUUAGUGGCUGUUUGCAGAACAGCCUGCAAGGAAGCGCAGCACUUCAGGUCCCAUCCUACUCCUGCCUCUUUGCAGGAAGGCUGACCUGUUGUUCAGGGAAAGGGGCGUUCGAAUUCUCAGAAGCUAAGCUUUUUUGCCAUCUUCGGACCCAGGCCUGGCUUUGUCACUCUCCGUCCUGGCUAACCCUGGGUGGGGAGGAAACAAAGCCAGCGGCUCACCUGUUAGCGCUGGACUGGUACCCUGACGCCCUUUAAGCCAGCUCCUUACGACGUUCACACCUUUGUCAAAAACCAGUUCUUCAGCUUAAAUGCAGUCAAUGGUGGACUUAAAAAUGAAAAAAAAAAAAGUGGCCAGCUUGAAAGAGACACACAAAUAAAUUGCCCUUUCCGGUGGCCUUUGCAAGAACUGAGUUCCAAAUUACGGUCUUCCCAGUGCCUUUAGCUGGGGGUCCUCUUGCUCCUCAUUUCCAUGGCGACGCUACAGGUGGUGGGCACCAGGGAGGCCCCAGCAACGUGGGUUAGCAAGGGCAGAGCCUUGAGGAAACGCAGCAAGGAAGCAGGGAAGUGUUUUCGGCAGGAUUCAGGUUCGCUCUCCAAACCGAAUGGCCACCAGCUGAACAAAAGAGCUCAACAAGGGACCAGCAGCGGUUACUGGGCAGGAGGGAGAACUGUCAAUAGCCCAGUUAAGACCCCCCCCUUUUUUUUUCAGGAGAGGUACACAUAAGAAGCACAAGAGAGUUGGCACACCAGCACUGUUCCAAGAUCAAAAAACCCUUUUGGUGCCACUCUGGGGAGGGAUUCUGUGUUCUUUGUAUGAACAAAUAAAUCUAUUUAGCCAAUAUUUAUACAACAA